AUGACUGGAUCUAGUGUCAGAUAUUUGAGUUACACGAGGAGUGGUGUGGUUGGGAGUUCUCUAGCGCGAUUUCCCGCACAUUUUGUCGCAACAGCUUGGCAAGGUUGGCGUGGUUUCAACACGAAAGAAGCGCCGGGACCUCCAAAACUCGCCGAUGAGGAUCAGGAAGAGUUCGAGCGUUUGCAGAAAGUCGCCAUGUCGCAGGAGGCCAUUGAGCAGUAUAAUGCUUCUAUUGAAAACGACACGACGAAGGAAAGUGCGAACUCUCCAAUUUUGAAAAAUGACGUUGGUGGGUUUUCUCCGGAGUUCACGCGGACUUUGCCAGAGUUCUCGGGCGACGUCAAUCCCAAGACAGGCGAAAAAGGAGGUCCCAAGCAGGAUCCGUUACGUUAUGGAGAUUACUCCUUCAACGGAAGGGUAACGGAUUUUUGA